AUGUCUUCAACAGUCAUCCGUGACUGCUGGAACCAAGGCCUGAAACCCGAAGAAUUUGUUGAAGUAGUUGUAAAGAACCAUAUGGAUAGCUUUGAAAGCAUUGUACAAAAUUUAGCAAUCAUAUGCGGUGUUUCUCAAGAAGAAAUGGUAUUAAUAUAUGAAUAUUUAGCAUGCCUAUUUCAGAAGUAUUCAAAUAAAACAUCUACAGCUAUUGAUUUAAAUAAUCGCGAUCAAACAUUUGGUUGUAUCUUGACUUUCUCAAAGUUUGGUGAAAAAAUAUUCAAUCCAGACAUUAUAGAUUCCAUUGACUCAUGCAAAACAGCUCUAAGAAUACUAGAAAUCACGUUAACAUGCCAUGAUAAUAAUUUAUUAGGACUUUCUCUUACGAAAAUCUCACAAUCUCAUUAUCUACCAGUAUGUGUUGCCGCAUCAAGAGUACUAUGUCCUGAAUGCUUUCAAAUUAUUCAAUCAAAAUUCGAAAAUUUAAAAAGUAAUUUCGAUAUAAAAUGCAUAAAAAAUCAUUUAGAAGUAAAUCUAGUUUCAUCAAUAUCAAACGAUGCUCCACACCCAAGUCCAAAAAUGUUCUUUUCUGAUCAUGUUAUCAGUGUAUUUUUUAUUUUAUUUCAUACAAUGUUUAGCAAACUAUAUUUACUUCGAUUACAUAAUCUAUCUGUUAUGGGGUUCAUUUAUAUUACUCUUUUGGACUCUUUCGUUAGUUCUCCUCAACUUACAAAAGUUUAUUGCUUAACUUGCGUUUUAGUACCAGUUUUACACGCUAAAAUGCAUAAUGAGAUGGAUAAUUACAAUGACUCGCCACAGGAUUUCGAUAUUGACAAAUUUAUUGAGGUUAUGAAUAAUAUUCCCGACGAUUAUUUCAAAAAAUACAAUAUUUCAAAGAAAGAACAUAUAGAAGAAUUUUGUAAGCCGUAUUCAACUAACACAGGUAAUUAUUUAAAGGAGGUUUUGCAAUUUCCAUCAUUAAUUUCUCAAAUUCUGCCGCAUUAUAAAGAAAUGAUACUUUCUGAUAAUCUAGAUUUAAUUAAGCGUGCAAGUACAGAGAUUAUUGCUAAUAAUAGUGAUUUUUGCUUCAUUUUGUAUUCGACCAACAAAAUUGAAUCAUUUUUAACGAUAUUAUUGAACAAAUUAGAACAUAUAACAGAUCUUAGUGUUUUUACUGAAUUGUUUUUCUGUAUUGUGUCUAUAAUUAGCGAAAUUUGGAGAUCUGGUGACAGUACGAAUCGAAAAAUCAUUGAAACCAUUGUUACUUCAUCAUCAAAUCCAUCUCAUACAUUAUUUAGCUUGUUUUUGCAUAUUUCCUCUGUUGAUCCAGAAAUGAUGAAUUAUGCAACGAUUCAAAACAUUUAUAAUGCUCCAUCCCAUAUUGAACGAUGUUGCUCUUUCUUCCAUUACCUUUAUUUCAUCGGAAUCCAGAAUUUGGAGACACUUUUUGAUUUAUUACAACAAUAUCCUUAUUUAUGGAUUUCUGUUUUUGCAUGGGGCUUCCAAACAAAUUCUAAGGACUCAUUGAAGAUAUUUAAGAUCAAGUUCCCUAAUUAUCCAAUUUUUUCGAACUUAUUUUCUCAAUUAAUUAUUAGAGUGAGCGAUGACAAGAAAUUUGCAUUAACUGACUAUGCAGACUUUGAUACAUUAAUACAACAACCACAGAAAUUGAAUCUGGAAAUAGAAAAUUACUUGAAUUAUAUUUUCGGAAAAUCUCAAGCCUUUUUACAGUAUCCAGCGUCAGUUUUUGGCAAUUUUAUUAUGUGUUGUCAUUGUUUUUCUGCAAUGAAUCGAGAAAAAGAGCUUGUUUUGUUAAUUUUUGAUAUUGUCUCAAAAGUUCCUGAUGUUUAUGGCAACGAAGAGAUACUAGAAAUGAUGAUUGGAAUUAUCUCAUCAACAAUGUCCUUAGUUUUCAACGGAAAUUCAGAAAAAGCCUUCAUUGUUAUUCAAUCCCUUCUAGAAUUCCUUUCUAAUAAUGAAACAGGCAUCAGAGAGGUUAAGCUAAUUGUUUCUUUCUGCAAUGGAAUGAUUACAAGCAUGAAAGAAGGAUUUGAAGAAAGAAUAAGAUAUGUAGUAGAUUUUUGCCAAAGUGUUAUCGAAGGGACAAAUAAAUCCCAGAAAAUUAGCAUUUUUGCUUAUUAUUUCAUGAAAGUUGUCAUAUAUAUUAAGCCAAUAAGGGAUUUGAUACCAAUUUCCGCUUUCCACAUCUUUAAUUUGAAUGGAGAUCUCAAGGCUUCUAUUGAUUUCUUUAAGAUGAAAGCUGAUUCUCAUGAUAAUUUGAUUUGUUUGUAA